AUGGACAUCAAAGCGGUUGAACUUAUGGCGCCUGCAGCACCGAGCAAGAAGGAGAUUGAGCUGAGAUUACUGGAGGAGAAUGAUGCUCAUCAUGCAUCACCUUCCCGCCAAUCAGUCGCAACAUGGAUAUCCAUGGGAUUGGCGAUCGAAGAAGCUCAGAUCGCAUUGCUCAUCGAGGUCUGGAGAAUCAGACAAAGACCUACCAAGACACAGAGAUUAGACAUCGCCCGUCAAUGUGAUCGGGUGCAGGGACAGAUCGAUGGAUUCACUUGGUCCGCUCUCCUGCAUUUCGGAGAUGGAUUCAAUAGUGAUGAAGAUCCGGAGGACUUGAGUUGUGCAAUUCUCGAUGAUCUUGACGAUGGCCCAGAUGAGUUCACCGAGACUCUUGAUACCUACCCAAACACACCCGAGCUCACUGUCAUCCCAUUUCCAUCCAAUGUCGGGCUGGACCGACUCCAACACUGCUUAGCAGAGGAUCUGAUUCUGCUCGAGAUAUCGCUUUGUGAAGGACAGGCCAAUGAUGCCCUUCAUAAUCUCCGAAUACACUUGUGCAACAAGGCGGUCCUUUUCCGAACCACCGUUAGGCAGGCAAAGUCGCAAGCUUUGAAGACUCAGGCAUGGUCCCAGGUGAUGUCGGUUCAGCAAGCCGUGUCUCUGAAUGCCAGUAUAUACAACAGGACAAGGAAGCAAAUGAUGAAACUUGGUCCGGGGCAGUACCAGCUUCAGAAAUACCAACCUCUGCUCCGAGAACAGCUCAAGAUCAGCACUGCAGUUGGUGAUCCAAAUGCCCAAGGUCAGCGGAACGAGUCCCUUGCCUGGUUCUGGUCUCUCAACAUUGAUUUAUUGGGGCCGAGUGAGUUGUGGAAUGACAAAUUUUACCGAGUUCAUUGGCUUCGGGCGAAGGCUCUGAGGGAUCGAUGGAUUGAAGAACUUACGGUGGUGGAACUGGAGAUGGACUGGACAUGCAACUUCUUCUUGCGCAAAGCAGCCCAAUGGGAUGCACAUAUGAGGGAGUCAUCAGACAGCCGGCUUCGGGGUCAUGCCUGCUAUGCAGCAAGACAAUCCCGAAUGUACUCAUUGCUUGCACAGGAUGCGCAGGCUGCUUUUCAGGAUCUUACAAUGAUGCCAAUAUAUCCCGAAGAUGAGUGA